GUAAACACACCAAAAAGGAAACAUAAUUAAAAAAUAUCAAUCAGAUUGCAUAAAAUCUUAUCUCUAUAAGUUUUCCUACGAAUUUACGUGCCAGUCAAGUCGAUAAAAAUGCUAUGGCUAUCUAGGAUACUACGUGGAGUUAGUCCAUUCUCCAUCUUCUUAAUGGACCAGAAGAACAACCCAGCUCUGAAAGGCAUUUCAAUAGCCAGUCGAGCACAGGUAUUGUCAAAGAUGUAUAAUGAACUUCCCCAGAAACAGCGUCGCGACCUUCAAAAACGUGCAAAAGCUUAUCCUAGUUUAAAGAAAAAAGUUACAAAGACUCGACGAACCAAAAGGCCCAAUAGUGAUUUUUCAAAUUUCGUGAAGGCAAACUAUAACAAAGUCAAGGAUCUCAAUUACAAGCAGCGUUUUUCUGCUCUUUCACAGCUAUAUGAACUUCAGAAGCCAGUGGAUUUGGCUAAUGAGUUGAAAGGCCUGGGUCUAGAUGAUGGCAAAAUUCAAUCGACACUUAACGAAAUGAAAAAAAAGGGUAUCAAAAGAGUCAUCAAGGUUCCAAAAGUUUCAAAGGCUGUUAAUAGGAUCAAAAAAACCAAGAAUGUCCCAAAGCCCCGGAGCAAGAGCUCGACUAAGAAAUAGCCAAAUGAAGGUCUGCACAUUGUUAUGUCUAAAAUUACUUUCUCUUGAAAUAUUAUCUUUAAUAGAUUAGUGUGAUAUUUCAUUAUUUAGACUUCAUGUAGAACAAUAGAUAAUCUUGUUAGUGUAUGUUCUUACAAAUUUAAUUGUCAUUUCUUUUAUUAAUAAUGUUUUAGCUUUUGUUACGGUUUGUUGACUUCGCACAGUUUUGUAAAUCUUGAGAUUUAAAUAAAUGCGUAGUCCUUCGAAGAGUGUUCGAAUACGUCAUUUUUACGGAGCUCUUCUUUUUUAGCUCACUUUAUAUUACGUAAUUUAUUCUAUUAGGACAAAGCACAGCAAUAAGGGUAAACAAAAUACGGAGUAUAUAUAAAAAAAUCCCUCCUGAAAUUGUUAUGGCUUUGCUAGAAAAGAUAUUAAUUAGAAAACCAACAGUUAGUGAGGCUUAGUUUAGUAAUGUAACUUUUCGUGUUCGCAAACAACCUCUUCUUGGAUUUUUUUCAGAGCAGAUAAACAUAUAUAUCGCUUUGUCUGUGAUAUACUAAGAAAAGGAUUAUCGAGCGAACUCUAGAAAUUCGAUUUAAAAAGGUUAACAGAGGACAUAAAUUGAAAGCACAAGGGAAUGAGAUUUAAGUUGAGUCACCUCUUGUUUAACUUCCAUUUUGCAUCAGACCGCUAAACAUCCUGUUUUAAUAUGAUUUUUUUCCGUCUUGUCAUGAUUCUCUUUGGCUUUAGAGAUGACAUAUUAUACGAUUUACGGAACUAUAAGUCCUUUCAUUUUCUCGAACUGUAAUAAAAGCUUACAUUAUUUCAUUUCCUAUAACCUUAUUCUACUAAGCUCUAGAUGUACUACUGAUAGUUUUCUUUUUUGUUAGCUUACUCAGUGUUAAUUUUUGACUUACAUAUGUAUAUAUAUUUAUAUAUUUAUAAAUAUAUAUAGAUAUAUAUGCAUUUUGUGUAUGUAUAGGGUGAAUGGAGACAAGAUUUCGUUU